AGACCUAAAUUAUUCUAUGAUUUCCCGUUCGGUCAGACCACGAUUUUCCGAUUUCUUAAUUCCUUUAAAAGUUAAAUUAGAAGAUGGCCCAAAGCAAAUUAAAUGAUUUUGCCAAUAAAUUAGGAAAAGGGGGACCUCCUGGUUUAGGGCUUGGUAUAAAAUUAUUAGCAGUUGGUGGAGCCGCAGUUUAUGGAAUUUCACAGGCUAUGUACACAGUUGAGGGUGGUCAUCGUGCCAUAAUAUUCAAUAGGAUAGGAGGAAUUCAAAAAGAAAUUUACACUGAAGGAUUGCAUUUUAGAAUACCAUGGUUUGAAUAUCCAAUCAUCUAUGAUAUAAGAUCUAGGCCCAGGAAAAUUUCUUCCCCUACUGGUUCAAAGGACUUGCAAAUGGUCAAUAUUUCAUUGAGAGUACUGUCUAGGCCAGACGCUUCUAAAUUACCUACUGUUUAUCGCAAUCUUGGCUUAGAUUAUGAUGAAAAAGUACUACCCUCGAUCUGUAAUGAAGUGUUGAAAUCUGUAGUUGCCAAGUUCAAUGCUGCCCAACUUAUAACCCAACGUCAACAGGUUUCUUUAUUAGUUAGAAGAGAACUUGUAGAAAGAGCGCAAGAUUUCAAUCUCAUUCUUGAUGAUGUUUCCAUCACUGAACUCUCUUUUGGUAAAGAAUAUACAGCAGCUGUUGAAGCCAAACAGGUAGCUCAGCAAGAGGCCCAAAGAGCAGCAUUUAUUGUAGAGAAGGCCAAGCAGGAAAGACAACAAAAAAUUGUUCAAGCCGAGGGAGAAGCAGAAGCUGCCAAAAUGUUAGGAGAAGCCAUAGGCAGGAACCCGGGUUAUCUAAAGCUGAGAAAAAUUAGAGCUGCACAAAAUAUUUCAAGAACAAUUGCAUCCUCUCAAAACAAGGUCUAUUUAAAUGGAAAUGGUCUUAUGCUGAAUAUUUCUGAGAAAGAAUUUGAUGAACAGGCAGAUAAACUGAAAAAUAAUAGCAUUCCAAAUACCAUGAUAGACACUCCAAACCUAGAAGUUAAAAAAGUACUGAGUGUUGCAGAAGAAGAAGCUAAGAAGAUUUCUGGACAGAUUUGAUAGUGUUAUUGGCGCAUGUAAUAAGGGAACCAUGAUAAUAAAUAGUUGAUCGCAA